CUAGGUGCCCGAAAUUUGUUUUUCCUGAGCUGUGUGUCUCCCUCACUCUCCUCCUCACCUCUUCACCCCCUCACCCCUGUGUGCAGUCAGUGCUCCACAUUGAGUUCAGCCCCUUCGGCUGGAGGCUCGGGUUUAUCUGGACGCAAGGAGGAAGCCAUUCAGGAGCUUUGCACCGCGAGGUAAAGAGAGGAUCCGUGCCGUCACACGGGGGGAGAGAGAGGAACGGUUACCGGGGAUUUGACCUUUUCCGCAUAAUCUCGGGUUUAUUGAGGAGCCAUGGCGGUGUUCUCUGCGCUUUGGGUGCUCUUACUGUGCCAGCUUUUAUCAUCAUCCUCAGCCCAGAGACCGGGCCCCAGAGGAGCCACCGGGCCACAAGGAACCCCAGGGCCGGACGGAAAGGAUGGCACCGAUGGCAAAGAUGGACCUGCUGGACUGCCGGGGAAAGCCGGUCCCAAAGGGAAAGCAGCAAUAUCAGGGGAAGCAGGAAAACCAGGCCUGCCAGGACUACCAGGAGUGGAUGGUUUGACAGGUCCUGAUGGCCCUGCUGGGAAGGAUGGACCCCAUGGGGAAGCAGGUGACGCUGGACCUCCCGGGCCAACUGGAGCUCCUGGCAGAGGGAGACCAGGCGCUGCAGGACUUCCUGGAACCAACGGGUUGUCAGGCGGAGUCGGACCCUACGGUUCAGCGGGUCCCGAGGGUCUUCCAGGUCUUCCCGGACCAUCUGGUCCUGAUGGACCACCAGGUCUUCCUGGUACUCUUCAGGAUCUUAGCGGGGACCUUCUGUGUCCUGCUAUCUGCCCCUCUGGUCCCUCUGGUCCUUCUGGUAUGCCAGGAUUCAAGGGUCACACAGGGCACAAAGGGGACAAGGGAGAGUUUGGGAAAAAUGGAGAGAAGGGUGACGCUGGACCAUCCGGCCCACCAGGUAUUCAUGGCACCGUGGGUCUGCAGGGUCCACGUGGUCUCAGAGGUUUACAAGGCAUAAUGGGAUCUGUAGGAGGCAGAGGCCUGCCUGGUUUCAGAGGAAAACACGGCAUUGUCGGCGUCAUUGGAAAGACAGGUGACGUCGGAGAAAGCGGACCUCAGGGAUUCAGAGGACCCAAAGGAGGAAUUGGUAAAAUUGGUCCCAAAGGAGGCCCUGGAGGAUCCGGACCCAAAGGAGAGCCUGGUAUUCCUGGCAGAGAUGGCAAAGAUGGUUCUCAAGGAUUAGAUGGCGAGAAGGGUGAUGCUGGUCGCCAUGGGGUUGUUGGAGAAAAAGGACCAAAUGGACUUCCUGGUCUUCAAGGAAGGGCUGGAACAAAGGGGUCUAAAGGAGGAGUUGGUGACUCAGGAAAAGGCGGUGAGACGGGACCCUCUGGAGAGCCAGGUAUUCCUGGUGACAUCGGCAUCCCAGGAGAGAGGGGGUUAUCAGGAGCCAGAGGAGUGGCUGGAGGAAUUGGACCAGUGGGCAACGCUGGAUCCCAGGGAGUGAAAGGUUUCCAGGCAUUUAUCUCCAACUUCAGCAGCCUUGACACAAAGUUUGAGUAA